UGGGCUGGAAUGUACAUAACCAUUCCCUUUUUAUGUUUUUCUAUUACAAUUAGAACUGAUAGUUAAUGGUAGGGGUUAUGUGUUUAUUACGGUUUUAUUCUCCCAUUCCGAUAAAAUGUCCCGUUGCCCUGGUUUGUUUUUAUCUGAAAGCAAAUUAGAGCGUGGGAGUGCUAAUGGAAACGAGACUGCGUUGUUAUUAGUAACCUCUGUUUUAAUGACGAAGAAGAAACAAAGGAAGUAACUGGGUCAAGUUUACAAUUUGUAGAAAGAUAUUGGAUUAUAGAGUUGAAUAUUGCUAGCCAUGUUGUAGGAGAAGUGCUUUUGCGUCUUUUUGGUUAUAUGAAAUUAUAGAUGGGUGCAUCUGCAAGCGUGCAGAGAGAGGGAAACGCGAGAGCUAACCCUCGAAAGGCUGUUACUGCUGGGAGUUUAAGAGAGAGGCUUCAUGAUGACUAUUAUGACGGAGAGCCUUUGGAUCGCCCAGAGGAAGAACCUGCUGGAAUUGGGAUGGCAGAGGUUCCAGCUUUGCUGAAAGCGAAAAGUGCUUUCAUGAAAAAUAUUAAAACGGGAAGCAAAGGGGCAGGAAAUGCCACAAACAUAAUAAAAAAACAGGAUAACCAUGCACUGUUAAAAGAAAUGUUUAACAGAAUUGAUCCAUCAGCAAUAUCUGAAUCAUAUAGUAAAUUUCUGGGUGAAAUCGAAAUUUCUAUGAAGUACAAGUCAAAUGAGUCAACACUUCUUGUUAAGAUCGGCCGUGCAAAGGGUCUUCAGCUGCCUGAUGUUCACAAACUUCCUGAUCCAUUUGUCAAAGUCUGUUUAAUCGUUAAGAGGCUUGGAGAUGAUGCUGCACAGGUCCAGAAGACAAGACCAAAGUCAAACACUGUUAAUCCACUAUUUCAAGAGAUUCUUACAUUUGAUUUGAUACAGGCUGACUUGGUGGAUGCAAAAUUAGUGAUUGAUGUAUGGAAUAAAGAUGUAAUAUCUAUGGAUGAUUUUCUUGGAGAAGUAAUUUUGGAACUUUACAAAGAAGAAGUCAAUGGAGGGAUUCCAGGUUGGCAUAAGCUGAAACCAAAGAUUGAUUUAGAUAUAAAAGGUAGGAUUGAAGUCUCAAUUGAUUAUGAUGAGCAGAUGCUAAUGGUGACAAUCCAUCAAGCAGCUGACUUGAAAAUUGCAGACAAGAUAGCAAGUUCUUCAAAUUCCUAUGUUAGAAGUUAUGUCACUGGUGUACAAAAAAGAGAGGAAACAGAGGUGUCAACUCAGAAUCUGAAUCCUGUUUUUGAGCAAACAUUUGAAUUUGAAAUUGCUCCAGAAGAUCUGCCAAUGAGGGUGCUAGUUUUGAAUGUAUUGAAUAAAGAAUCUUCUGGAAAAGAUACAAGACUUGGUGAUGUGCAUAUACCUUUACAAGACAUAGAUUUCCACAAUUCUGAGAGAUGCUGGUAUGAAUUGGCAGACCUGAGAAACACUCCACAUAGUCGCAAUAAGUGGUCAGAAGAAGGAUUAUCCCAAGAAUUCAAAGAAGCAAUGCGAGCUCAUGCUAUUUAUCAAUACCCAAACUGUUUAUUCAAAACAAAACACAAUGGAAGAAAGCUUAUUGCAGUGAAAUGCAGUAAAGGAAGCUCAUCUGCAAAAAUGAUGAUAGUGAAUGGCAUUCCAUUGGAUAAGUAAGAAUUCUGGAAGCUUUAUUCUUUAUUAGUUGAAGGUUUGAUUUGGUGAAGCAUUUCAGUCAAAAUAUUUCCAGAGCAUUUCAUACAGAUACUCAUUCAAACAUUGUACAUAUGUAUAAAUACUUAUCCCACAGCAAGUUUUAUAAAUAAGAUCAAAUAUCGUAGCUAACUAAUUUAAUUUUAAAAAUAAUUAUUUUGAUGCAGCCAUAUGAUUUUUUAGAUAUUUGAUAAAAUCCAUUAACCAGUAGAUUUGUGUUUCUUCUUUUUGCCAACCUCAAACAUUUAUCCUCAGAUCUAAUUAUGUACCAUUUAUAGAUGCUCAAGAGACAUACAAACUCAUUUAAUUUUGGCACAUUUCAUAAGGUUGCUCAGAGAAGCUCACAAUCCCCAUGUUGGAAGGGGCCUUUGUUUUAAACUAGGGUUUGAUUUUAAUCAUUAUGAACGAAAACAAAGCACUAUAUACAUAAUCAUGCUAUAUAUUUAUUCAAAAAAUUCUGUCAGUUGUUUAAUCAUAAAAAGCUUGAAUGGUUUAUGGGUGAGUUGAUCAAUUAUAAAUUAUUAAGUUAAAAAUAUACUUUACUACAUGAAAUAGUUGCAAGAGCUUAGGAAAAAAAUUAGAUUAUGUUUUUGUGAUGCUUCCCAACAGCCAACCUAUUUUAUCUGGAGCCCCAAAAAGCAGAAGUAAAACAUGAACCUCAAAGGCCAAAUGUUUAUUAUCAUCCUCAACAAAGAUAUUCUACAAAAUUUGUAAAGCCACCAAUGUCUAUUUCACUAAGGUAACUUGCUGUCUUCAAAAAAAAGAAGCGGGUGGUGGUAUAAAAAAUCAAUGUGACAUAAAAGUUUAAUCAAGUGACAUUUAGCCUGCCUCUAAUUCUGACAACACUCAGAUUAAAGAUUUUUGGAAUGGAAAAUGGAGAAACCAAUUUCAUUUCACUCUUUAUGUGUUUAAAAGCAUAAUAUUAAAUCCCAAUGCAAUGUCUACAAUAUGACAUAGAAUUAUUCUGUGUUUUGUAAAUGUUUCAUACUUUGUGUAAAAAAGUUUGUUUUUUCCAAGUUAUUUUUUAUUUUAUUUUUGGUAGUUUUAAUCUCCUUUUAUUGACAUAAGUUUAUUUUGCCAUAGCGGCAUUGCUGGCCUGAAAGUUCUGGCCCCUAUGCCUUUUUAACAUCACUUUAAACAUCUAGGCCUAUUUCAAUCCAAUUUUUUUUUCUUGCUAAAAUUUUGAGAUUGAUAUUCAAAUAUUCAGCCUUUUUUAAAGCAAUUGGAUUCACUUUUUUGUCAAGAUCUGCACUUAUCAGGCAUGUUCUUUCCAUUAUUUCUUUUGCGUGGACUAACAGCCAAAUUAAAGUUUAUCAGAAAGAUCAUACUUCCACUGUGCUGACUGUUAAUAAUUUGUCAAUAAAUUGAUACCAGAGUUGGGUGAUUUAAGAGUUUAAUUCAAACAACACAAAAUUUCACAAGGAAAAAAACUUGUAUGCAAAACAAACUAAACUUUUCUGUUUUAAAAAAAGAAUGUUAUUACUUGUGUAUAGAAAGUCCCUACAAAUUAAAUACUGUCACACAAAGUUUAGCUAGAUGUCAAAUUUGAUUUACUGGAGAAGGGGGUGAUGGGAGUAGUCAAUAAGAAAUUUUGAGACUAUCGCCAAUUGGCACCAUUUCAGUACCAUAUACAAACUGUAUUUCUCUAAGGAAUUUUAUCAACUGUUGGACAGGUGUUGGGUGUAUGUGGGUAAUUACAAGUAUUGACCCUACUAUUACUUGAUACUAUAUAGCCAUUGAGGAUCAAUUAUUUUUUUUCAAUAUGGUUCUGAAUACAUUAUGUAAACUUUUGUUUCACACAAUGAUUAAUUUGGUGCUUAGCAACAACAUGCAACACUUAUUUUUCAUAUAUCUUAUAAGUAUAUGGAGUCCAUCAAGUUCUAUUGUGCUUGACCUUCACUAAAACAAUGGAAUUAAAUAAUUCUUAUAAAUGACAGAAAAAAAAGCUAAACAGUGACAUGUUUCCCUAGCAAAACAAAAUCAAGUUUGACUUCAUCAAACUAUGUUUGAGCAGCUUAUUUGUCAAAUAAUUAUUUUUUUUAUUUAUAGGCUCUUUUGCAACUGGCAUGCUUAGCCACAGCUGCCCUGAGAAAUGAUUUGUAUUUUCUGUGUUAUUUAUUUCAUGCAGUACGAUAUAAGGCCUGUUUUGGCAUUGAAGUUGCAAAGCAUCCCAGCUGCACAAGAUCCUUUAAAGCAAUAUUAAAAAAUGUUAAUUUUCUACAAAAAGUUUUAAGCAACCAGGGAGCAGGGGAAUAACAUUAGGAGGAGUUCUGAGAACAGCUUAAGCCGUUUGUGAAUAAUUCAUUAAAACUAUUCAUUGAAUGACUGACCUUAACUUCAUUCCAAGUUACAACUUAGUGAUGGGCUGACUAGUAAAGGGAAGAUAAGAGUGGAAGCGAAUUAGAUAUACUAAUAAUUGUUCUUUUCAUAUAACUGAUAAAAGUAAAUACAAGGUAAUUUUUUUUUAAAUUUAGAUAUAAAUAAUUUUUUUUUUAAUAAAUCAAUAUCACACUUGUCUAAAUAAUUAAUACUGCGUUAUUAUUCCUUUUUCUUCUGUUUCUUCUUUCCUUUUUCUAUACACGAUAAGCACCUAGGCCUGAAAUAUCAAUUUGUCAAACUAUGCACAUGUCUACGUUGCAACACUCGAUAAAACUCAAUUGUAUAAAAAGGCAUCGAAAUUCCUCAUGUGCUGUUAUUAUCUUGUCCUUCCUUUAAAUCUUCUUUGUGAAACGUGUACGGCAAUAUUUCUUUCAGUGAAGUUUUCUUAAGUUUUCUGUCAUCAGUUGACAGAUAGACAUCAAAGUCACCGAACUCCGCCAUGAAUUGACGACAGGCUCCACAAGGAUAGGUGAAAUUAGAAACUACAUCAGUCGUUAUAGCAAUAGCUUUAAAUCUCUGAUGACCUUCGCUUACAGCUUUCACGAGGGCUGUUCUCUCUGCACAAAUGGUUAGGCCAUAGCUAACGUUCUCAACGU